AAAGUUCAAGGGGGCCGAAUACUUUCGCAAGGCACUGUAACUCAAUCCUUUAUCUCCCCUCUCUAAACCCUACACAUACACUCCCUUGUGCUUACACACAAACACACUGACAUACAUACAACGAUAAAAAUCACACAUUCGCAGACAUGCACUCUUACAAUCUCAUUCACUCACUGACACACUCAUUGACACACACACACACACUCAGUGGUCGGUAAUAAACGAGCUAGAGAAGCUGCAGAGCCCCCUGCUGAGCAGUGAGAGGAACUCCGGCACAGCCAUGCAGCUGCUCAUCGCCAGGGUGGGCCCGGCUGGAGGCCCUCAACAGGGGAACGCUGUAGGUCCUGCCUGAGAACAGGAGGGGGGCGGAGCUGGACUACUGCAAGAUGUUCGGGCUAGAGUGGCUGGCAUCCGGGGGACACCGAGACCCCCAGCAGAACCGCCCCAGUGCUGAAUUCACCGCACAGCACCCCCGCUAUCAGAGUCUCAUACAGAAAUAUGGAGCUCCAGAAGUGAGCGAACUGAAGAAGCAGGAGCCAUUUGCACUGAAAAAUCAGCUCUUAAAGGGAGUCCUCCUCACUUCUCUUAAGCCUACUUUCUACAGAAUGCAAGAUUCCAUGAUCGUUCAGAAAGUGAAGGGGCUGCUCUACAGACUGCUAAAGAUACCGGGUGCUGAGUUGAAACUCCUACACUAGCUCAACGAUGGAGGGCAAAGAGAUUGAGAUCGACAACGACCUGAAACCGCUGCAGUUCUACUCCAUCGAAGACGGAGACAAAGGCCCUUGUCCGCUGGUUGUGAUCAGCAAAGGUCCGGAUUGGUUGCCUGAUGACUGAAACGGAAUUCUUCUGUUUCCGUGGCAUAACGUUUGGGUAGCCAGGCAACCGGAUUGGAAGUUUAAGCGAUAUUCCGAAAUCCAUGAGAUAAAUGUACAGCACUAAAACCUGGACGAAAACACAGUGCAAUAUCUAUUCAGCCAGAGGAGACCAAUCGAUGUAGGAGAAGGAAACACUUGGGUUGUGUUCAUUUGGCACGAAACGAAAGAGAACGGUUCAAAACUAAGUGAAACGGGAAGAGAACAUCUGAACUUGUCCAAUAAGAGACCCUAGUGUCAUGUGCCCCUUAGUGCACACUUGGGUUGUGUUCUAUGUGAACAAUUUGUGUAUUUGUAUUUAUUAGGAUCGUAUCAACAGCUUACAUCAUAAAUAAAACAAUCAUGUAAUAAACUAUUACAAAAUUA